AUGUGGAAGUUAUUGGGUACAUCCUUGGACAUGAGUUCCACUUAUCAUCCUCAGUCCGAUGGUCAAACGGAGGUCGCCAAUAGGUCACUCGCUCCUGAUAACACUCGACAUCAUGGUGAAGCCAUUGAUUUUAUCAAUGAGUUGCAGUCGCUUCAUCAGCAAGCUAAAGAUAACCUCGAAUCAUCCACCGUGAAAUACAAACGUGAGGCUGAUCGUAAGCAUUGUGAGGGACUUUUUGUGCCUGGAGAUCUCGUUUGGGUUUACUUGACGAAGGAACGUCUUCCUCUCCGGGAAUAUAACAAGUUAAAGUCAAAGAAAAUCGGGCCGGUUGAGGUUCCACAACGGAUCAAUCCGAACGCCUAUAGGGUUAAACUGCCGGACCAUUUGAAGACUUCGGACGUGUUUAAUGUCAAGCAUCUGUCUCGGUUUCACGGUGAUAAUCCCCCGCCAGAUUCGUGGACAAAUCCUUCUCCGCCGGAGGGACCUGAUGUAGCGUCAACUGUGAUCUCCGUUGAUCACAACACCAUGUCCGUAUAG